UUCAUUCCCACACACACACACACACAGAUUACUCCCCCUCCCUCCCUCAUGGCCAUUCCCGUUCCCACUCAACUCUAGCAGCCCAUACCCCCCCCCUCCUCCUCCUUUGCCCUGCUGCUGCUGUACUGUUGUUGGCUCCCCACCUCUGCCAUUCACACAGACUCAAACUCAUACAGACAGACAGAGAGACAUUUCACUACACUACUACACUAUCAUGGCCUCUUUUGCCUGCACCAUACCCUCACGGUGUGUGUAGUAGUAGAAUCCCCUUCCCCUCUCCCGAUCGAGAAAUCAUCAUCCCACACGCAUUGCCUAAGCCGUUUCCCCAGUUUCAGUGCCUUCCUUCCUUCCAUUCUAUGCUUCUUCCUUGACAACCAUGGCCAUCUUUCUGUUUCCUACAAUUUUGAGGUUGCUGUUGCUCGCAACCUCCUCUGUUGUUUCUUUGGCACUGUCGGUGCAGCCAGAUGCAGCAGCCAUGAUAAACGCUUUGGAGGUGGAUUCAAUUGGAUAUGAUGUAACAACAGUGCUUAAUGGAAAUCUUCGCGGACUUUCAUUUUAUUGCAUUGAUGAAGCGACAGACAGAGCCCCCGCGUGGGCAAUCGUGCUGGACUCUACGAAGAGCAAGGUACUCAGGGUGCAGUUGCCGUUGUCUCAAGACUCCGUUGUAGAGCACAUUGCUGGCUCUUUAGAAGGCAAGGCGGGUUAUCAAGAUGGCCGUGGGGGCGACGCUCUCUUUAACCAUCCCAAGAUGCUUACACUUGAUAGCGAUGGAAACAUUUAUGUUGCUGAUGUUAGAAAUACAGCUAUUCGCAUGAUCACCACGCAAGGCUUCGUAACAACAAUUGCAGGGGGCAUGAACCGAACCGGUCACAACGAUGGUGAGGGCCGUGUAGUGACCUUUUCAAAUGAUUUCGGCGUGACCUAUUUGCGCAAAAAUUGUACCUUGUUAAUCGUCGAUCGAGGAAACCGCAUGGUUCGGGCGAUGAAGUUGCCGCACUUGGUUGGACGGUGUCAUGACUCCCCUUCAGAUGUUCCUGGAGGCUUUACAAAUGGCAAGACCCUCUUGGUGGCGGUUGGGAUAUUACUUUACUCUGGGAUAAUUCUGGGGGCCAGCACUGGGUGGUUGAAGAAACUGCAAUCUAAGCUCCCAUGGUCAGAUACUCAGCGAUCAAGGACUCAGCCGGCCAUCACGCCCAUUGAAUCUCACGACAUUGAAGGCCAAACCCCCUUCCUGAUCCCUGCAGAUGACGAGCCUGUUCUUCGCAAUUCGGCAGAGAUUUUUCAUCGUGAAGAAUUUGCAAAUCACCCUCAAGAUGAUUCCCACUCUGAAAAUCUCAUUGAUUUUACAGAUAACAUUUCAAGGAAAGCACCGAGUCAGCACGACCAAAACUCGGAUUCUGAAGGUGAGAGUGAGACUACCACCGAGUUCACACCCGAAGUUCAUGUUGUGACCCGUGAAGAGAGAUUAGACAGCAUGAUGCAGCAGUGCUUGGUUUGCCUGACCACACCUUCAGCUAAAACACAGUAGUUGAGCUCAUCGUUUAUUCACUUGCUUGUACACAACCGGAGCUCCACUACAGAGUUGAGUUGAAGGUGUCGGUAGUCUAGCCUCACACUGUCUGGAGCAAAGGCUGUCGGUAAGCCACUCGUCCAAAUUGGGGACUUUUAUUUUAGUAAACCCGGACAAUCAAAUGCAUUGCAAUGAGGCAAAUUUCAGGUUUUGUACAUAACGGAUAGAUAUUUAUCAAAGCACUCAAGAACCUAUGUUAUUUGUUUUGAUUUGUUUUUUGUUUUGUUUCAUUUCGGUAAAGAUUCCAUCAAACAUGUUCUAUUAAGUCUGUAGUUGUCUUUUGAUUAUCAGUUAUUUGUAUACACAAGCAUUAGGAAUUCAACUACUCUUUAUUUACUAACUUUUCUUUA